AUGGAUAUCAUAAACUCUAAUCUACCUGAAGAUAUAUCUAACAAAAUUAGGAACAUACACCUCUUUAAGGAUAAGAAUCAUAUUCUUAAGAAAGAUCAGUUAAGAUGGACUUUAACAAAGUCAGGAUACUACACAGUGAAAUCCUUAUAUGACAAACUGAAUGAAAAUGCUACUGAUAUAGUUAGUCUGGAUUUGCCUAAAUAUUUUUGGACUGCUAUAUGGAAAUUAUAUAUGUCUCAAAGAAUUAAAUUGUUUCUAUGGAAGUGUUUACAAAAUGCUCUAUCUACUAACUUUAAAUUGUAUGGAAAGGUAAGGGAUGUAGAAUUACAAUGUACUAUGUGUGGAACUGCAACUGAAACUACUGAACAUCUUCUACUACAUUGCCCUUAUGCCACAGAAGUUUGUAAAUUAGCUCCCAACCCAAUUUCUCUUAACAUAGAUAGUUCAAGUACCCUUUUAACACUUUGUAAGGACUGGAUCAAUAAUCCCAGAAGAGAGAUCUCAUUGGAAAUAAUGCUAACUAAGAUGUGGUUCAUCUGGAAGGAAAGGUGCAACAAAGUGUUUGAAAAAAAAUCAACAUCAGCUAAGUCCUCUAGAAAUUCAAGGACAUAUUUCUUUCUAGUCAAACAAAAGGAUUUUGCAGGUUAUGCUAUAAUUUUGAGAGAUAAUGCAGGUAACUUAGGAGGAGGAAAAGCUGGACAAUCCACAUCUUCAAACCCACAAGAAGUGGAAGCUAUAGGAGUGCUUCAAGCAGCUACUUGGGCUCAGGAGAAUGGUUUGGAAAAUUUUAGCAUAGAAGGAGAUUGUGAAAGCCUCUUCAAAUACAUGUAUGGAAAGAACUCGGACAUCUCUUGGCGUUCAAAAGCAUAUUUAGAUGAAGUGAAAAGAUUGGCUCAAUUAUGUAACAACUUUCUAGGUUUUUAUUUUGUCCCAAGACAAGGAAAUAGGGCGGCAAACAUUCUAGCAAAAUUUGUUAGACCCUUAAACUCAUCUAUUUUGUGA